AUGGAAGAAUUGCAGCUGCUGGUCAACCAUGGUGCCAACAUCAACCAAAAGGUCGCUGCAGAUGCCGAGACACCAACGCCACUAAUGCGUGCAGCAAAACAUGGCCGUUACGACUUUGUGAAGUACCUCUUGGCAAAUUCAGUAGACGCUUCAACGAAGAAUGAGAAGGGCGACGACGCGCUGAUGCUCGCCCUGCUGAACCAUCACAAGCGUUGUGCAGAGGCACUUCUGAACCAUGGAGUGUCCACCGGCGGCAACAGCCUUUCGACGCAAAGUUCCAUCACGGUAGCUAUCAAGGCGAAGUGGUUCAAAAUCGCCACUAAGCUUAUCAUUCGAGGUGCUGACCUCGAAAUUCAAGACGAACAAUCCUGGACACCGCUUAUGCAUGCAGUAGCAAUAGGAAACCUUCACACAGUCAAGAUGCUCGUGGACAAAGGCGCUUUUCUCAACGCUGCAGGCGUGAAUGCAGAGCAAGAUGGCGCGAACGAAGACAAAUCUCAAGAGACGGCACUCAACAUUGCUAUCCGAAAAGGUUUCUAUGAUAUUGCAGCACUUUUGCUGACUUCUGGGUCAUCAGUCACACUUGCAACUGACAUGAACCCAGAUCUGUCUCGUCACGGCUACGUCCCCGUGCUGGCGGCAGAGUAG